AUGUUGCGUAGCUCAACGCCUGAACAGCAUCGGCGGAAGAGAGUUCGUAAAGGAACAAAGAGCUGCUGGGAGUGCAAGCGGCGAAAGAUCAAGUGUAUUCCAUCCCCGGAAUCUUCUGUUUGCACUGGUUGUCUUGAGAGAAGCACGUCUUGUCUAAGUCAGGCGUUUGUGGAUGAUGAUCCAUCACACCAUGCCGAGGACCCCAUGUUGGCUCGCCGUAUGGCUAGGGUGGAGUCAUUGCUAGAAAAGCUGAUGGAGAGGAUGCCCCAGGGUCAAAGUGGUGACAGCUUGACUCCUGUAUCUCAUCCGGUAACGGCGAACCAGGCUAGACCUCUUUUUGCAUCACAGGCAGAUGAUUCCCGGGCGCAGGCUGGUAAUGUCACCUCUCAUGACGACAUCACUGCAAGCAUCGAAGGAGUUGAGUGUCUGGCACUUCAAGGAAUAUACGAGGUCAAUGCUGGUAACCUUCGGAGAUCAUGGCUCUCUUACCGAAAUGCCGUCGCAAUAUCCCAGCUUCUUGGUUUACACAGAGCGGCCGCCAAGGCGUCUUCGGAAACCCAGGAAUCGACGGAGACAAGAAGAAAUCAUCUGUGGUAUCAGGUUUCGAGAGGAGAGCGUUACCUCUCUACCUUACUCGGCGUACCAUCUGCAACAGGAUCAACUGUUCUUCCUUUCGAUGACGACGCUACUUGGCUUUCACCGGAAGACGUCUAUCACAAGCAUUUAUAUCACAUAGCCGGACUCAUACUGGUUCGCAACCAAGAAGAUUCCACACAUUCGUUUUCAACCACCCAGAGAAUUGGCGAACAACUCGAUGCGCUCGCAGACCAAAUGCCGUCAACAUGGUGGGAGGUUCCCACCAGCAUCCCAAGCAACCGCACGAAAGAAGCAUCCAAACAGUUUGAGCGAGUAAUGUGCCAAAUAUGGCACUUCGAGCUGGAAGCUCUGUUACACCUACCAUUCAUGCUACGCGCAGCGAACGAUCGACGCUAUGAAUAUUCGCGUGUCUCUGCCCUCAACGCCAGUCGGAGCCUAGUCAAGAGAUGGCUUGCCAUUCGUGAGAGUCAGAGCACCUUUUACUUCUCUAAUCUCCUCGAAUUCGAGGCUUUCACUGCAGCGAUUACGCUCCUACUAGGGCUCCUGGGACAGGACCAAAGUAUGAACAGGGGCGACUCUCAGGAACGGGACGAGGAUUCUCGCAUUGUAGAGACGGUUGUCCACAACUUAGUGAGGCUCAAGCAGCAGGGUUCUGGUAUGUCUGUGGGGGAUCAAAGUAUCUCGGUUAUUCGUACACUUCAACGUUUCCUUUAUAAAGAAAAUUUCUCCGGAGCCCUGACACUUGAAAUUCCCUUCUUUGGAACGAUCAGGAUCGCACAUAUGGGCGCGGUACAACCGCUGGAAGGGGAGCGGAUCCUUGGGGCUAACCGGCGCCAAAACACUUCACUGCCUCGACCUGCAAAAUUGGCGCCGCCUUCUUCAAAAUUGGGAACUGGCUACUCUCAUGAUUGGGUCUCCUCUCGAGAAACACCAGUCCUGCCUGAACUGGUUGAACGUGGAGAGGUUUAUACUGAACAAGAUGUAGCGGGAAAUGCCACGAUUUUGCAAUUCUCUGGUGGUUAUCUUCAACUUCCUGAUAUGCCGGACGUUCAAAGUGGUCGUGAAACAAAUGAGUGGCCAGACCUAGAAAGGGAUAUGAUAUUCUUCUACAGUCUGGUGAAUACUGAUCUGGUGGGUAAUUGGACGUUCUAA